CCGAGUCGAACGAUGGAACCAAGAUGACGGGACAUCGGGGAUCUUGAGACAACCCGCUUUUUUUCAUUCUUUCUUAUCUCCGCCCCGUUCGGGAGGAAAUAUAUAUAUUUUUUACCCGUAAUGAUAAUAUUGCUAGAGGAAUACAUUCAUUUAUUGACCACCUCAAUCUCAUACCUUGAGUCCCUCAACCUCGCAGCUGUUUCCCGCGGCUUCUCCCCUUUCUACGCUUCCUCACUCGCUCGUCUCGUAGAAUUGCAGCGUCAGCAUUGUUGGGCGCCAUGGCGUUCGUUUCGUACUGGAUAUUCCCAGUCAUCUCCAGUCUAGUAUGGCUCGGCACUCUUCUAGGCCUCUUUUUACACUGGGUUAUAGACACGCACAAAAGGAUAUACCCGUCGCAGCAGCCGGGCCAAGACAUCGCAUACAUCUCCGACGUUGGCGCCAACGAGUUGAAGCCGCUGUUCAUAGCAGGGAGCAUCUUAACGACCGUCUUUCUCGAUAUAUCCUUCAUCGCCGACCGGUUGCUCCGACAUAAAGGCCGUCUAGUCCCAAACACAUCACUCGCCGAGAAAAUCCUCAGUGGACUAUCCAUCGUUUUCGCCAUUAUCGGUACUAUUGGGUUGACCUUCCUCUCGGGCUUUGACACCGCCCGCUACCCACGUCUCCACGAUAUCUUCCUGGUACUUUUCAUCGCGGGGUAUCUAAUUUCUGCCCUUCUCCUCUGUGCCGAAUUCCAGCUUCUAGGCAGGAAAUAUCGUCAACACCGUGUCCUACGACUCUCCUUCUGGGUGAAAUUGAUAUUCGUCAUUGUCGAGCUCGCAUUAGCCAUAGGCUUCGGCGUAUUAUCAAAGCGGGAGGAUUGGAACCAUGCCGCCAUUCUGGAAUGGGUAAUCGCCCUGAUCUUCACAUUCUACGUCGCCUCCUUCAUAAUCGACCUGUGGCCCGCUAUCCGUACGCGUCAUGGCGGUCGAUACGAUCUUCGGCCUAUGAAUACGCGCCAGAUGGAGGAGGCCAUUAGACGCGGUUCUUACGCUGACGCUGCUGCAAUGGCGCUACCAAGAAGCACCCACGAUAGCCAGAGAACGCUCACAAAUGGCGACCACCAACCAACUGUCAUGCCUGCAGCAGCCGCGGCAGCGCCACCUAACCACCAGAAGUCGCGCAGGGUUGCCGAUAACUUCUAGCGGCGGCGUUGAUAAAGUUUUUUUCUGGUUUUAAUAAUGAGAUGUUCUUUUGUAACGAUAUGAUGAUCAUAAUACACGAUACUGCAUUCUAAAAGAGCAGACAUGGGUGUUGUAUGGACGGAGUGCAUAGCGUUUUUAGAGGUCCUUUCCGACAUUGUAUUAGAUGUGGUUUGGGUUUGUAA